AUGGCGGCAAGACGUAAAAUAUACGAUCUAAAGCCCGAACAACUCGGAUUCCAAGCACAGGAACAGCAUGGCCGAAUGAACAUCUACGAACAUUUAACACCUCGCCUUCAGAUACUUCUCUUUGAGGCUAAAAAAGUGCAAAAUCGUUACGGAUUUAAGUACUGCUGGGCUAAGAACAACUACAUUUGUCUUCGAAAAUCUGAUGAGUCCAGUGUAGUAAGAAUGAAGACACUUGAGGACCUGGCUAAGCUGACAACGGUUGAAGAUGCAAAAUGAUCUGUACAUUAAGAUAAGUAGAAUAAUACACUAAAAAUAUAUUGUGUGAUAACAAUGGGGAGCAAACAUGACGAAAAAGUAAACAAAGCUAUGUUUCGCGAACUGCCCUAUAACGGUGUUAAUAUUUUUGCUAGCCACGGACAAUUUAAUAACAGUCUUUCUCCAAAUCAUAUCGCUAAAAACUAUUUAGAUAAGCUUACUAGUAUAUAUGAUCUGGACCUAUUUAAUCUGAAUACAAAUCCUAAUUCGGCUAUAAACCCCGAUCACAAUAUUAUCAGUAACCAUAUUCAUAGUAGGUAUUAUUCACCCAAUAUAGCUUUCAAAAAAUUGACAAAGCUCCAAAUAGUUUAUAUAAUAACCGAUUCACAUUCUUUCAUAAUAAUGUAUGUAGCUUGAGGAAAAACCUUGAUCAUCUGCAAACCCAUAUAUUGGAUGAACUUGGCUUCUCUUUUAGUAUUAUAGGUAUAACUGAAACUCGCAUAACAGAUGCUACUAUUGAUAACUUCAAUUACAAUAUUCCUGAGUACUCGUUUGAAUUUGUUCCAACGCCUCUUGCUGCAGGAGGAGUCGGAAUGUAUAUCAACAAUGAGCUUAGAUAUUUUAUUAUUGAAAAAACCGCGAACAAGGACUUUCAAGCUCUAUGGAUUGAAAUUCUUAUGCCAAAUAGGAAGAAUAUUAUUUGUGGUGUACUAUAUAGGCAACAUAGUUCACCAGAAUGUUUCCUAAAUUAUUUUGAAGAAAAACUCGAAUAUUUCACUUCUCUGGGCAAAACUGUUGUUGUCAUGGGCGAUUUUAACAUAGAUUUGCUUAAAAUUGAUAGCUGUAAUUAUGCGCAUAAUUUUUUAUUGACUUUACAAAGUUGUUCAAUGACCCCUAGCAUUGAUAAACCAACCCGUGUCCACAGGGACUCUGCCACGCUAAUUGAUAACAUUUUCAUUAAUAUUCCGGAUAAAAUAUUAACGAGCGGUAAUGUCGUAUCGGACGUAAGUGAUCAUUUUUCUCAAUUCUGUAUUAUAGAUUUAAUUUCAGCUAAGAACAAC